UAAAGCCCAAGAAGUGCCGUCGGGGGUGCAGGCGGUGGAGGUGCCCCAGACGAGGGCUGGCAGAGAGGCUGGACUUCUGGAGGCCGAGAGGGUGGAGGACGCAGCAGAGACAGGCGGGGCCCGGGCUCUUGCCGCCUGAGGGUUCGUGAGAGAAAGUGCUGGUCGUGGACUCAGGGACAUGAUACAGGCUGCUGCACCUUGGGGCUCACCGGGGUCUCGGAAGGGCACCAGGGGGAAGAGAGGCAUCGUUACCCCAUUGGACAGAUGGAGGAGGCGAGGCGCAGGGAGGAGACACAGUGAAGCGGGAGGCAGAGCCUGCAAGAGGGGGGCGGCUCGCAAGCUGAGGUCUGAAGAAGGAGGAGGAAUCAAGGAGGGUCAGGGCUGGGGGGGAGGCGGCUGGGAGGCCCACCCCUGGAGCCCAGGGUCCGGAACCCCGCCGCCCGCCUGCAGCAGCCCCGGCCCUGGGCGCCCCUAGCCUGCAGGCCGCCUGGGCUCUCCCCUCCUGGCGCCUUCCGAACAAAGCUCUUUGUAGCUAACGAGCUCCAGAGACCGACAGAGGCCUCCUGGUCUCCGCUGGCCCCUCGGCCCUUCCUGAGGAGCGACCGAAUGGACCCGUGGGGUUGGUGACCAAGUGACACUCACAGAAGAAGACGCUGCCUCUAGCCAAGGCCUGGAGAGAACUUCCCCUGAGGCACCCCUUCCCAGCUCCGGCUGGUCAGGCCCUGCCUGGAUGAGCGGGGCCAUCGCAGUCCUAAGGGGACAACGUCAGGAGGGGACAACCGGUCCCUCAGAAACCUAGGGGCACAUCCUCAGACACUCAGCAGGCCAGUUAGCGCCUGCCUUGUUUCUUCUGCCAGCAUAUCUUCUCCAGCUUCAUGGGCAGAAUGCUUCCAGGAAAAACAAAAUUUAAGGGUUGAAUAAAAAUUGUAUUCACACGUUUGCUGAGCACCUACCAUGUGCCAGGGCCUGUGCUGGACUCUAGAAUGCAGAGUGGAGACCGUACGGCGGGGCCUUUGUCCUCUCCUGGGACACCACCCUGGGUCUUCCCUCUGAACAGAGCCGAGGGCCAGUGGGGGGUCAGACCCCCAGGGGGGUCCCUCCCCUGGCAGCUGUGGGAAACACACACACGCGCGCGCACGCGUGCGCACACACACACACACACAUGCUGCCUGAGCAGGGGUGAGGCUGGAGGCAGGAAGAGCAGGUCAAAGAGCAGGCUCCAAGACCUGCACCAAGCCCCAGCCCCCACCGCUGGGAAAGGUGGGAAGACCCGACUGGCCGUGGGGAUCCGGGCGCCCCGGGGAAGGUCUGGACCAGGCACCGGACAUGGAGGGCUGUGCACCGGUGUCCCCACCUGGAGGACGGAGACUGUUACAACACUGCCCGGCACACGCAAUAUCUACACCAGUGUUCGACCAAACACCUGGGCACCGGAGCUCAGCCCCACUGACCCGUCAACGGAACCACCCCAGCUGCACCAACCCAAGGAGAGGACAACAGCCAGGCAAGACUGGAUGGUAGAAGGCGAGUGGGAAAGCCAUGAGAAGCUCACUUCCCCACACUGUGAACAGCAGAGUGGUGACGACACCCCUCCCCCCACCAGUGCACCUAGGCCCUCUGCUGGGUGCUGGGGAGCUACAGCACGCCCACGUCACCGUAAAGUGAGCCCAACAGCACCAGCAGCCAAGUGCACAGAGCCAGAUCGAGAGGCUGGUGAGGGAGAACGAGGAGCUAAAGAAGCUGGUGCGGCUCAUUCGGGAGAAUCACGAGCUCAAGUCGGCGAUCAAGACGCAGGCGGGCGGCCUGGGCAUCAGCGGCUUCAGCGCCGGGUUCGGCCAGAUGGCGGCCACUCCUCAACACCAGGGAAACUGUGUCUUCCUGCCCCCGUCCCCGGCAGCAGCACACGAGCCCGUCCUGGAAGAAGUGGGCAUUGUGGCUCUGGCACCCCUGGCCGACAUGCUAAACAGCCCGCAGCCCAGCCCCACGGCAGGCCCCAUCCUGCCCCUCUAGGUGUUUCUCAGAACCUUGUGGCCAACCCCGUGAGCAAUCUGGUGCUGCCGGAGGCCCAGAGGGUGCGGCUGACAGAGCCGUUCCGAGGAUGCCCAUCUGGACCCCAUCCCUCCGCUGGAGCAGGGCCUGCUGGCACUACCAAAGUCCCAAUGUCCACUGAGCACCCACAGCCGACCCAGGACCUGGAGCCUCUCGGCGUGACAUUUGUGGGCGUGCCCUUGCACACCUCUACCCCCAUGGAGACCAAGGGCGCAGCUGGCCCCGGGACGGCCUUCUCCUUCAGCACCUCGGAUGCCCGGGCCCAGCCCGGUGCCCCCCAGGGACAAGCAGUUCCUGCCCCUGCCCCCGUCGCCCCUACUGCUGCCCCCCAAGCUACCACCGACUACGCCUCCCCCGGCACCACCCACGUUGCCCAGUGCCCACCCCCCUCCCCCACCCGGGCACACCACCCCCCCACCCAGCCCUCAUCCACCCCGCACUCCCCUCCUCGAAAUCCCCAUUCCCCACCUCGAACCUCGUCCUCCCCGGCUUCAGUCAACGACCCCCGGGGUCCACGCGGCACAGAAACAUCUCGGAAAAGCAUGGUGGAGUUGGAACGGAAGCUAGCCCACAGGAAGAUCAGCAAGUUUCCGGACAGCCCCCGAGAGUCGAGGCAGCUGGCCUGGGAGCGGCUGGUGGGGGAGAUCGCCUUCCAGCUGGACCGCAGGAUCCUGUCCAGUAUCUUCCCCGAGCGCGUGCGCCUGUACGGCUUCACCGUCUCCAACAUCCCAGAGAAGAUCAUCCAGGCCUCCCUGAACCCCAGCGACCACAAGCUGGAUGAAGAGCUGUGCCAGACACUCACGCAGCGCUAUGUAGGCAUCAUGAACCGGCUGCAGAGCCUGGGCUACGACGGGCGGGUGCACCCGGCGCUCACCGAGCAGCUGGUGAACGCCUACGGGAUCCUGCGUGAGAGGCCAGAGCUGGCCGCGUCCGAGGGCGGCUCCUACACCGUGGACUUCCUGCAGCGUGUGCUGGUGGAGACCGUGCACCCCAGCAUGCUCACUGACGCCCUGCUGCUGCUCUCCUGCCUCAACCAGCUGGCGCAUGACGAUGGCAAGCCUAUGUUCAUCUGGUGAUGCCGGCUCCUGCCAGCCAGGCCCGCUCUGCCCCGCUCCUCGGUGCCAGGCCAUUAAAGCUUCCCACACACGCUA